AUGCAAUUGCAAUACGACAAUGUUAUGUUUUCAGAGAUUGCAGGAUUUGUAUCUAUAGCAUGCUGGAUGGUGGUCGGAUUUCCACAACUUCAUGAAAACUAUAAGCGAAAGUCGGGUGAUUCAGUAGCACCAUCUUUCAUUAUCAUAUGGUUAAUUGGUGACUUAUUUAAUUUGAUCGGCGCUAUUUUACAAAAUUUAAUAUUAACAGUGGUUCUUAUUGCACUAUAUCAUAACGCAAUCGAUUUUGCAAUCAUAUUACAAAUCUUUUAUUAUCGUCUCCGUAAAAAUAGAAAUCCUGACUGGGAUGAAGAAGUAACUCCUUUACAACCACAACCAGCGCGCAACGAAUCACGAACUUCCGUAUAUCGAUCAAGGGUCAGAGAAUUUUUGGAAAUUUUGGCUGGGCUCGUUGGAGUUUGCGUAGGUGGCGUUAUUAUGUAUUAUAUCUCUACUCUAUUUCGGGAUGAUGAAGAGAGUGAAAAGGACGAUCAAUUGGAAUUGGAAUUGCUACCUCAAAUUUUUGGAUGGGGUAGCGCUUUGCUUUAUCUUAGCGCAAGAAUUCCUCAAAUUAUUCGAAAUCAUAAGUCACAAUCUACUGAAGGAUUAUCACUGGCCAUGUUCUGUUUUUCUGUUUUGGGUAAUGUUACAUUUUGUUCGUCAAUAAUACUUUAUUCGACAAAAUAUAAGUAUUUACUUGUAAACCUUCCUUGGUUGAUAGGAAAUGGUGCAACAUUACUAUUUGAUUUUUCG